AGUAUCAUUAUGAGAUGAUGAGUAUGUAUGGUACAUUCCUUCUCAAACCGCGCAAUUUUAAGUUAUCCCCUAUUGUCUUAGAAAAAGAAAGAAGAAGAAAAAAAAAAAAAAAACCAAACCCAUUUAGGAUAGGAAAGUAACCCCAUCGUUUUCACAGAAAUUACCAACAACCAUGCUGAUGAUGCAUGCACAUUUUUUAAUGCAAUAUUGGCAUUCACUUAGCAAGUCGACAGGCAAAUAGUGAUGCAGACAGAUUCAGUGCAUUCGAAGCUGUUUUUAUAUAUUAUUUAGUUCAUGGUAUUUUUCAAACUGAAGAUGAGGAUUAUUUUGUUGAGCCCCUGUGGAAUGAUACAAGCAGCGACAGUGACAGGGGACAUCCACACGUGGUUUACAAACGUUCGUCGAUACAGUUCCCCAAGGACAAUGUCCACUGUGGUGUCACAGAUAAGAUAAAAAGCAAAUUUCAUCAGAGGGAUGAUUCAGCUAGCGAUGACUCUAAAUACAUGAAUUCCUGGAGCAAAUUUAAAUUUCGGGAUCGUGUUAGAAGGUCUGCAGUCAGUAGGGAGAAAAACGUGGAGAUGCUAGUGGUGGCGGAUCAUAAAAUGGUGGAGUAUCAUGGAAGGAAAGUCAUACAAUCCUAUGUCCUGUCCAUCAUGAACAUUGUGGCUAAGUUAUAUCAUGAUGCCAGCAUUGGGAAUGCAGUCAAUAUAGUGGUCUGUCGAUUGAUCGUUUUUGAAAAAGAGCAGGCAAAUCUGACCUUGAAUCAUGAUGCUGACCUUUCUCUGAAUAACUUCUGCAAAUGGCAGCACCUUUUGAAUCUGUCCUCUGAAGAUAACGGAGCCAUGCAUCAUGAUAAUGCUGUCCUACUCACAGGGUAUGAUAUUUGUUCUUAUAAGAACGAGCCUUGUGGAACUUUGGGUCUAGCCCCUGUGAGUGGUAUGUGUGGGGGAGACAGAAGCUGCAGUAUUAAUGAAGACAUUGGGCUGGCCUCAGCAUUCACCAUAGCUCAUGAAAUUGGACACAAUUUUGGAAUGCAGCAUGAUGGCUCUGGUAACAACUGCGGUGUUCCUGGGUCUAACCUGACGGCAGGACUGAUGGCAGCCCAGCUAUCAAAGGAUACCAGGCCAUUCAACUGGUCCUCAUGUAGCCGGGACUACAUCACAGAGUUCAUAGAUUCAGAAAACAGUGCGUGUUUGGACAACAGCCCAGUGAUGCGAGUGAAACACAUCGAUCAUGGAGUUCAGGAAGACAAGCGAGACAGUAGCGAGCAGUGUAAGAUCCAAUAUGGCAGCCAGUCCAGGAACUGCAAGCCCCAGUUGGUUUGUAGUGAGUUGUGGUGCGUGAAUGACAAGGGUGACUGUAAAACUAAGGGGAUUCCAGCCGCAGAGGGAACUGGUUGUCUUAUUGCUGACACUACUGAAAAAGGGUGGUGCUACAUGGGGGAGUGUCGAGCCUUGGAUUACAAGCCUCAGCCCGUGGAUGGCUCCUGGGGUCAGUGGUCCGAAUGGGAUAUGUGUACUCGUACCUGUGAUGGGGGCAUAGAGUCCAGCUACAGAAGGUGUAACGAUCCAGAGCCAAGGCAUGGUGGGAAGUAUUGUGUUGGACAAAGAAAACGAUACAGAUCCUGUAACAUGGAGGCAUGCCUGAACAACGACAAAGAUUUUCGUGAACUUCAGUGUGCAGACUUCAACAAGAAGCCUUUCAGGGGGAAAUACUAUAAUUGGAGACCUUUCUCUGGUGAUCAUGACAAACCUUGUGCUUUACACUGCAUCGCUGAUGGCUUCAACUUCUACACAGAACAAGCUCGUAAAGUGAUCGAUGGAACAAGGUGCUACCCAGACAAAAUGGACAUGUGUAUUAAUGGCAAAUGUCUGCCGGUGGGUUGUGAUGGAAUUCUGGGAUCUAAUUUGGUGGAGGAUAAAUGCCGUGUUUGUGAUGGGGACAACUCCACCUGUUACACUGUAUCGGGAACGUACAAUAAAAAUAUGUCCCCUGGAACAUAUCAUGAAAUUGUUACCAUUCCAAAAGGAGCAGUACAUAUACGUGUGUCUGAAAUAGUCGAAUCUCAAAACUUUUUAGCUCUAAAAAACACUUCAGCCAUAUACUACAUUAAUGGUGAUUGGACGAUUGACUGGCCCAGAAAAUUUUACGGUGCAGGGACAGUGUUUCAUUAUGAGCGACUAGAUGGACAACCUGAGGUCAUACAUUCACUGGGGCCCACAACAGAGGAUUUAGUAUUCAUGGUUUUACUUCAAGAAGAUAAUAAAGGAAUAUCAUUUGUGUACAACCUUCCCCGAAACGCAUCAGGAUCAGUGAUCAAUUCUUCAUAUAUCUGGAAGCAGUCUUGGUCUCCAUGCUCAAGAUCAUGUGGCAAAGGAAGAAGGACUUCCACUCCAGUUUGUAUUAGAAGUUGGGACCAGUCAGAGACUCUAGAGGCCAUGUGUGAUUCUGAAUCUAAACCAGAGGGUAUGGAGGAGAUGUGUAACCAAAAUACUUGUCCAGAGGAAUGGACUGUGAGUGACUGGUCCCACUGCAGUGUUACCUGUGGGGGAGGGAGGAAGAUGAGGACAGUCAUUUGUGUGCAGGUGCUUAGUGAUUUGGAGAAAACUAUCCUCCCGGACAGGAGCUGUAUUCUCCCCAAACCGUACACUCACCGUCACUGUAGGCGGCUGGACUGCCCCCCGGUCUGGAUCUUUGGAGAGUGGGGGAAAUGUUCCACAACUUGUGGCGAGGGACAACAGACGAGAGAUGUAGUAUGUAUGACUAGUGAUCAGAACAAAUACUUGGGAGAUGACAAAUGUGGACUCUUUGGAAAGCCAGCCAUGGUACAGAAAUGUAAAUUAAAAGCCUGUCCUGGCCCCGAGUGGAAAGCAGGCCAAUGGGAUGAGUGUUCGGCUGAAUGUGGCAGGGGGAGACAAUCCAGAAUAGUUUAUUGUGUAGAUCACAGUGGUAAACUCACAAGGGGAUGUGAUCCCAAAACUCGCCCCAAACUUGUCAGAGAGUGUCAGUCUUACUGUGAGAGCAAGCAUUCUCCUCAGCUGGAAUGUGCAGACCGUGAUCAUGCCCACUUCUGUCCUCUGGUUGUCAAGCACAGGGUGUGUAACCGUGGUUACUUCUUCAGGAUGUGCUGUAAAUCCUGCAGAGAUGCCAAUCAAACUCCUUGAUUUGAAUGAAUAAAACUAGACUAUUCCAUCCAUUGUGUGAACAGUUGUAGAUGUACAUUUGGUUAGGUUUAAGGUACAGUCCAGAGAUUUAAUUAGGUGAUGAAACUUCAUAUGUAUAUUGAAUGUACACUGUUUUUGGAGCACAAGGAAAUUUGACAUAUUAUUCACAUUAAUAAAGCCACAAGAAUUCCUGAUUGUUACAUAAAAUUCAGAGUUCUGUUAUUGUAUAGUAAGUAUCUGUUUCUUAUUCUCAAUUACAAACUUUUGUUGUGUGGGUCUUAUCUGUAUCCAUACGAAUUAUAUAGUCUCGUACACAUAAUAAUAUAUAAAGUAAAACACAGUUUUAGCAAACUUCUAAGGCCAGCAAACUUCGUUAUAUUAUAGGAUUAAACAUUCUUUUUGAAGAAUUUAUCGAUGUGUAAACUCUGGACAUUUUACUCACAAACUGAAUAAAAGUGCUUGUUUAGAUUUAUCUUUGUCCAAUCAAAACAAUUGUAAUAAAUAACAUUGGAAUUAUCCCGUAAUAUUUCCGUUAUUCCCCAAACAUAGGGAAACAAAUAUCACUUCACAUUGAGUGUGAAUUUGUUAUUAUAAGGGUGAUUUACGGUACUUACAUGCAAAAAAAAUGCAACCUCCAAUUUUCGGUAAUAUUUUUAUUUGCUUUUUACAACUAAUAGAAGAUUCACAUCUAUUCUAUAGGAUAUAAAAGUGAAUUCAAAGUUAUAUCUAUCAUCACUUUGGCAAAAAAUGUCAAGGCUGAAGAGGUGGUAGCCAUUGAAAUUUUCCUACUUGCAGUUCUGAAUUGGUUGCACAAGUGCUGCAACCUCAUGAAACGACCUUGACGAUGCAUUUGUAACCUUUAGUCAGCCAGAAGGUGUUAAGCAGUUUUACCAGUCAGUGCAAGGCGUUGGUAGAGACGAGAUAUUGUGCUUCUGUGUACAUUUUUAAAGCUUGCCACAGUGUUUUUGGUGUUUUCAGUCUACAGUAACUGCCCUACCCUGCUGUGUGAUUUGUUAAGUAGACUAGGCAUCGUUUAUACAGUAAGAGAAACAAAUUUCAAUCUUGGACUAUUCUUGCCAGAUACCUGAAGGGUAAGGGAUCUGGUAACAAACUGGUCUGAACACGUGAAAUGCCGUUGUGUGUAUCUGUGCACAUGCUAAUUGGCGUAUAUUUUGAUGUCUUGCGGACACAAGAAUGCAUAGUGUGGCCGAGUUCAAUCAACCGUGUGAUGUCAUGCAAUUCAAAGUUGGUAACAAUAGAUUAUUAGUAUUAAAAAUUGUCAUUUAUUUGAGGUUGCAUUUCUUUUGUGUGUCAGCAUAUUAAUCACCAUACCACCUAAUCAAUACAGGACUCGUUUUAUGGCAAAUUGUAAAAAUUAUCAGCGAUUAAGCUAUAACUUUAACUGCUAGUGGUUACUUUUAUGGUACAAAUGUAAGGUACUUUAGACAUCGAGAUAUUUUUUUAAUUUUUGCUUUAUAUAAGUUAUACUCUACAGCAUUUUAGUGCCUUGCUAUUCAGAUGAAUGAAAGAUGUGAUGUACAUGUUUGUCAAAAGUGUGGUUGCAUUAAAUACAUGUAUGCAGUGUAUCGGUUUAGUUAAGAAAUUUAGUUAUUUUUGAAUACCAUAACCUACAUGUAAUAAAAUAUACAUUUAUAUAUUUUGAUAUGAUAAGCAUUAUGUUUAGAUUUGACACACUGGAUAAUCUGUACAGCAAUGAUUGCUAAAUAAAAGGUUGUAUUCUUUUAA